AUGCUACAGUUCGAGUGGCCAAAGGUGUGGAGUUUGGAGAGCCGAGAGUCCGUGCGGGCGGCGAUUGAGUCUAUCAUUCGUUCAGCGAUGAGCGGCAGCACCAACUCAAAGAUCCGAGGCAUGGUAGUGGCAGAUUUGCCUUCAAUGGGUUUGUAUCCGCCUGAGUUGAUGCUCAGUGGGAUACGCGAGGUAUCGCCUGAGCGAAUCGCUUUGAUGGUAAAAUUGCGUUAUGAUGGCGACUUCUCAGUUACCUUGCGUGGCCUGGAAAUCAACUUAGAUACCAUCGGCUCUAAUGACGAGGAGGCCAACACAAACCUUGCUAUGCCUUUCUACUGCCCCUUCGAGAUGACACUGCAGGACAUUCGUCUGGACGGGAUGGCGUCGAUUGAUUUAUUCCAGGAGCUCGAGGACAUGACUCGGCGCGACAGUGAAGACACUUUUAGCACUAUCAGCCGUACCAAAUUGAGACCAAUGAAUCAGGUUCGAACACAAAAUCUAAGCUCGACAGGCAUUGCGAAUCUCCAGAUGAUUAACACUGGAAGCAGUGAUAAGUUAUUAUUAAAUACGCGUGCACCGGCUCUUCACACCUCUGGGUACGGGGUGCUUUUCGGUGCGGGUGGUCGACGGGCGAUGCGACCUCCUGAGGUAAUCGCAUCGGCUGACAUAGCACCUAAAUCUAAGAAACCUUGGGAUACUAACCGUCUGAGGGCGUCCUCGGCAGCCCGUUCCUUUUCAAGUGAUCUAAGCCAGGCUUCAAAUGUACCUGAUGAGGGGGUACCUAGCGGGAGGCGUUAUUCAAUGUUGGACUUGCUGACCAACAAUGUAACCGUAAAGCAACGUGUACUUAGGAUACAGCUCUUCGGCGAUCCAUUAAAGAGUUUCAAAGUGGUUUCUAAUUUUGCUACGGUACCUGGGGUGAACAACAAGGUGGACGCGAUCAUCAAGACCCUUAUCAAGCCUUCCAUAGAACGCAUGAUGACCGAGGGUAUCAGCAUUAACUUGUAA